GAAGUCUUCACCAUGAACAGUCUGAACGAACAGUAUGAGGAGAAGGUGCGUCCCUGCAUUGACCUCAUAGACUCUCUCCGCUCUCUGGGGGUGGAGAAGGACUUGGCGCUGCCUGCUAUCGCCGUUAUAGGAGACCAAAGCUCGGGGAAGAGCUCCGUGUUGGAGGCGCUGUCAGGAGUGUCUCUGCCGAGAGGAAGUGGCAUUGUGACAAGAUGUCCUCUUGAACUAAAGAUGAAGAGAAGGAGAGAAGGAGAGGGGUGGUAUGGAAAGAUAACCUACCAGAGCCACGAGGAAGAGAUAGAGAAUCCUGCCAAUGUGGAGGAAAAGAUUCGAGAAGCCCAGGAUGAAAUGGCCGGGGACGGUGUGGGGAUCAGCGAUAACCUAAUCAGUCUGGAGAUCGCCUCUCCUAAUGUCCCAGACCUGACGCUCAUUGACCUGCCUGGCAUUACCAGGGUGGCUGUAAAGGGACAACCAGAGAACAUUGGUGAUCAGAUAAAGAGACUGAUCCAGAAGUUCAUCACAAAACAAGAAACCAUCAGCCUGGUGGUUGUUCCAUGCAGCGUGGACAUAGCAACCACAGAGGCUUUGAAGAUGGCACAGGAGGUGGAUCCGGAUGGAGAGAGGACUUUGGGUAUCUUAACCAAGCCUGAUCUGGUGGACAAAGGCACAGAAGAGACGGUGAUUGACAUUGUCCAUAAUGAGGUCAUCCACCUGAAGAAGGGCUACAUGAUCGUCAAGUGCAGGGGUCAGAAGGAGAUCGCAGAGAAGGUGUCUCUUACUGAAGCAAUAGAAAGAGAGAGAGCCUUCUUUACAGAUCAUGCACAUUUCCACACUCUCUUUGACGACGGCCAUGCCACUGUUCCUAAACUGGCUGAGAAACUCACACUUGAGCUGGUGCAUCACAUUGAGAAAACUCUGCCUCGACUGGAAGAGCAGAUAGAGGAGAAACUAGCACAGACUCAGGCAGAACUGGAAAGAUACGGCACUGGACCCCCAUCUGAUGCAGCUGAAAGACUCGUCUACCUCAUUGAUAAAGUGACCGCAUUCACGCAGGAUGCCAUCAAUCUGGCUACAGGAGAAGAACUAAAGUGUGGAGACAAACUCAAUGUCUUUUCUUUGCUCAGAAGAGAGUUUGGGAAGUGGAACGCACACCUGCACCACUCAGGAGAAAACUUUAAUAAAAAAAUUGAGAAGGAGGUGGAAUUUUAUGAGGAGACGUAUCGUGGGAGAGAACUGCCGGGCUUCAUCAACUACAAGACCUUUGAGGUCAUGGUCAAGCAGCAGAUCAAACAGCUGGAAGAACCAGCUAUCAGGAAACUCAAGGAUGUUGCAGAUGCUGUCAGGAAAGAGUUCUUACAGCUGGCCCACUGUAGCUUCCCUGGAUUUCCUAACCUCAUGAAAACAGCCAAGGCAAAGAUUGAAGCCAUAAAGCAAGAAAAAGAGGCCAUUGCAGAGUCCAUGCUAAGAACACAGUUCAAGAUGGAAAUGAUUGUUUACUGCCAGGACAGAACCUACAGCAACAGCCUGACUGAUUUAAAAAGAGAGGAAGAUGAGGAGGAACGAAAAAUCCCAAAAUUUAAUAGAGAAAGGAGUAUGAUGUACUGCAUGGACAGUCAUGCAACACUCCGGGAGUUGAUGUUUCACCUUAAGUCAUAUUACAAAAUUGCCAGCCAGCGUCUGGCUGACCAGAUCCCACUGGUGAUUCGCUACCUGAUGUUGCAGGAGUCUACCGUCCAGCUGCAGAGGGAGAUGCUCCAGAUGAUCCAUGAUAAGGAGAAUUUGGAGUUCAUGCUGAAGGAGGACUUUGACAUUGGCAGCAAGAGGGCUGCUUUGCAGAGUCGCCUAAAACGCCUCAUGAAGGCCCGUUCAUACUUGGUUGGGUUCUAGAGGAGGUCAAGGCCUAAAAGCAUGGGUCUACUGUACCACUUUUACCACAUUCUACAAUUUUUAUUUUGUCCAGUGUGGAACAGACAUAUACUACUAUACUUGAAGACAUUUCAUCUCUCAACCAAGAAUCUUGUGCUGUUCUGAUUGACUGAUUUUUAACACCUGUAGGGUCGUUUUCAAGGCCAUCAAUGCGACUCAGUUUGUUUGUACUCCUUUCUGUUAUAAAGACAGUUUUUAAAUGGGUCAUUUUUUAACGUACUGUAAUUUGCACCCCUAUUGUCAGUCACAAAAAAGGCUAAGGCUUUCAUUGCAUAACUAAAAAUGUAUUAAAAUGUUCCUUAAUGUAUAUUUAAAACAUAUCCAAAUACACCAAGUUUAUAUUUGUAUAUCUAAAUAGUCAAUGUUACGAAUAAUAAAUCAUACAUAUUGACAUUUUUUCUCAAGGAGAUAUGUGUUCUCAACACGAACAAUUGUUGACUUUAAAUUUGAAUUAAUAGAUAUUUUGACAUUUUGGGGCAGCGGAAACAAGUUGUGACCAAAAUAUGACACAAUAAAAUUGGGAACUUGUUUGCAAACGCCCUAUUUAGACAACUAGCAGUAACACAACAGCAUUGUCUUUUACUUGGACUUGUGUUUCAGGUCAUCUGUCUGUUUUCACUGAAAAGAACUGCUGCUGCCAAGAGCUCUGUGAGAGUGAAGCAAAACACGAGUAAAGCUGCGGGUGGGACAACAGAAACAAUUAGCUGAGACUCAUCAUACAGCUCCAUAAAG